UUUCAUAUGUUUCAUAUUUUCAACGCAGAUAACAGAAACUUUUGGGCAAUUAUCUUUAUCUUAUAACAAAACCUUUGACGAAAAUGGUUUGUCGCCCAGUCCCGUAUCAGGAAAAGCGUCCAAUGUAUUACGGGACAUUCUGAAUCAGGAGAGUCUUGUACGCUUCUCUAUGGUACAAAGAAUCCAGAGGUUGGUUAUGGAUGCCAUAGACAAUAAAAACAAUGGACAGAUUAUAAAGACAAAGCUUCGGGAUGUGAUUAAAGAGUUACAGGAUUUGGAGACAAAAGACCAGAGAAUAGAGGCAGAAAACUCUAAACUUAAACAAGAAAUGAAGGCUUUGAAUGUAACAUUAAAUAACACAAAAUACCUGACAAUGGAGGAAUUUCGGAAUCUUAACGAGACGGGAAUAUGGAACCUUAGAACACAUUUAAUAGAUAAAUUACAAGCUAUAGAGAAAAAAGAACAGCGUAUAAUGGAACAAUUCAAAUCCUUGAAUGAAUCAGGAAUAAACAACCUUAAUGGACAAGCAUUAACUCUACAGAAAGAAAACCAGAAAUUGACUGUGGAAAGUUCGAAAACUAAAACUCUACUGUCAGUUAUUGAAAGAAAAAUAGACAUUUUGAAUAGCUCCUAUUCUUCAUCUAAAAACGAGAUUCAGAAGUUGACUCUUCAAAAUGAUAAAUUAUUACGAGGUGAUAUCAGGAAGCUGAAUGAGACAUUACUACAAAACUUUUACGAACACAUUAAAAAGAUAGAGGGCAUGUUUACACUUUUCUCCCUCUCUGUAAAUGAAACUCUAGAUGCAGUUAGUGGGGAACAAAAUAAGCAGAAUGUACAAUGGAUACAGAUUUCUCCUUACAUAUAUUCGCUUACUGACCUCACAGAAAACUUUAUCAAUUGCUUGGACAUUUUACGGAAAUAUUCGAGUCAACAGGGAAGAGAUGGGGUUUAUAAAUUAACAAUAGCCUCCAAGACAAAGUUUGUGUACUGUGACAUGACAACACAAGGUGGAGGGUGGACGGCUAUACAAAGAAGACAGGACGGGUUUACAAAUUUUUACAGGACGUGGUCAGAAUAUAAGCGAGGAUUUGGGGAUCCCUCUAAAAACUACUGGAUUGGAAAUGACGCAAUCUAUGAGCUGACAAAGAAUAAGGACCAAGAACUACGGGUUGAACUGCAAAGUUUUGAUGGUGCUGAAGCAUACGCGCACUAUUCCACAUUUUAUGUUGGGGAUGAAUACAGUAAAUACAGACUCACUUUGUCGGGAUAUUCAGGAACGGCAGGUGACAGUUUGAAAAAUCACAAUGGUAGUCACUUUUCCACUAAAGAUCAGGAUAAUGAGAGGAGUAGUCGAAACUGCGCUACACAAUAUCACGGAGCUUGGUGGUACUGGGACUGUCUCAACUCCAAUCUGAACGGAGUGUACGCCCAGUCACCUGUAUCUAAUUGGAAUCACCCGGUGUGGCAGCACUGGAGAAGUAAUACAGCGCUACAAAAGACUAUGAUGAUGAUCAGACACAAAAACUAAAGUUUUAAAAUGCAUAUCCUGUCCUGACAAGAAUGCUGAUAAUAAAUUAAAUAGUGUACUAGCUGCCGUUCAGGGGUUUUCUCCCUUGUACAAUUUGUGGGUCUCCUAAUUCUGCAUAUUGGACAAAAGAACUUUAAGUCAGGAUUAAAAUGUAUAAAAAUUA